UCCAGAUUUGCAGAGCGAACACAAGACAAACCGCCGCGUUCAGACACGCUGCACUGAAGUUUCGCUCAGAACAAUUAUUGCGUAUUUUCCUUGAGAUAUGGAGUCUAAAGCGAAGACAUUAAAAAUGUAUAUUUAAAAACUAGGACGGUGUUUUCACACAACAGGAUAUCACAUUUAAUUCGUGAUUAAUAACUCCCCGGUUCCUUCCACAGUGUUUUCGGAUAUCUGACGCCCAUCCCAAAUGUGCGAUUUAAUGCCAGCGGCUCAACCUGCAGAAAAAAUCGGCAAAAUGAAGAAAUUAAGAAGAACUUUGUCCGAAAGCUUCAGUCGCAUCGCUUUCAAGAAAGAAGACGGCGGUUUUGACGAGAUAUGUGUCACGAAGAUGUCCACUCGCAGCUGUCAGGGAUCAGACGCGCUCAUCAAGACGUUAGACACCAUCCCUGAAGAUAAGAAAGUGCGAGUGCAGCGGACGCAGAGCGGCUUUGAUCCCUUCGAGAAACCCGCCAGCCAGGUGAAGCGCGUUCACUCUGAGAACAAUGCCUGCAUCAACUCCAAAAGUCCCUCCGCCGGGAAAGAGUCUCCCAAACUACGACGCCACUCCAGUCCCAGUUCUCCCACGAGCCCAAAGUUCGGAAAGGCAGAUUCUUACGAGAAACUGGAAAAGCUCGGAGAGGGCUCGUACGCCACGGUAUACAAAGGGAAGAGCAAGGUGAACGGAAAGCUGGUUGCUUUGAAAGUGAUUCGUCUACAGGAGGAAGAAGGAACGCCGUUCACUGCCAUCAGAGAGGCGUCUCUUCUGAAAGGCCUGAAGCAUGCGAAUAUAGUGCUGCUGCACGACAUCAUUCACACUAAAGAAACUCUGACGCUGGUCUUUGAGUAUGUGCACACAGAUUUGUGUCAGUACAUGGACAAAUAUCCAGGAGGGCUCCAUCCGGAUAACAUCAGGCUUUUCCUGUUCCAGUUGCUAAGGGGUCUGUCUUACAUCCAUCAACGAUACAUCCUCCACCGCGACCUGAAACCACAAAACCUGCUCAUCGGCGACACGGGCGAACUCAAACUUGCCGACUUUGGUCUUGCACGUGCAAAGUCAGUCCCCAGCCACACGUACUCUAAUGAGGUGGUGACUCUGUGGUAUCGGCCGCCAGAUGUCCUGCUCGGUUCUACAGACUACUCCACCUGUCUGGACAUGUGGGGUGUCGGAUGCAUCUUCAUUGAGAUGAUUCAGGGAGUGGCGGCGUUCCCGGGCAUGAAGGACAUUCAGGACCAGCUGGAGCGGAUAUUUCUCGUGUUGGGGACGCCGUCUGAAGAGACGUGGCCAGGUGUGCACUCACUCCCUCACUUCAAACCAGAUCGUUUUACAGUUUACAGCCCUAAGAAACUGAGACAAGCCUGGAAUAAGUUGGGUUAUGUGGAUCACGCUGAAGAGCUGGCGUCCAGGUUUCUUCAAUGCUUCCCAAAGAAGCGUCUCUCAGCACAGGCGGCGCUCAACCACGAAUACUUCAGUCACCUGCCACCGAGACUCUGGGAGCUGCCCGACAUGUCUUCUAUUUUCACCGUUCCCACCAUUAAGUUACAGCCGGAAUCUGGUGACAGCAUCCAGAUGUGCAGUAAGAGCAACAGUCACGGCAAAACAACAGCAAUCAGCAAACACUGACCUGAUGAACCGCACGCCACGAAUGAAGAAGGUUUUUGCUGUCAGCCGUGAAGAAGCAGAAGGACAACGAGAGAAGAAUGGUGCAGGAGUGGCUCUCCUGUUUAUUUAAAUAAUUUUAUUUCCAGCUGAUUCGACUUUCCCUGUGAGACUGUCACAUCUGAAUUUAUCAUCUGUUUGUUCCCGAGGAAAGUUGCAUAACGUUCACACAUCGUCGUCAUGCAAACAACGCUCGGAAACAUCAAAUGAAGGACUUCAAAAGGCAAUUAAUACGGACUGGUUGUGUGUGUAGCUACCUAUGAAUGAAUGUACUUUUGUAUGUACGGUAAAAUAUAAGUAUUUGUCAGAGAGAACCAACCAAAUGCCGUCCCAUGCACAAUCAAACGCUAACAAGACAUCUAUCAACAGUACUGAGAGAGCAUCUAGCAUUUCUUGCAACCUUCCACUUUCUGGGCUACUUUCUGAAAGUUUUCAAUAACAGUAAUUCCGACAGUAAUAACGAUAAUCACACUGACACGUUUGCAGCCUGAUGGUGCGCGUUCACUCAAUUCAGGGACAACGGUAAAGCAAUUGGCACCAUCGCUUGCGGCUGAAAGGCAUUCGGGUGGAUAAUCGUGGUACUUGAGAAACACUUGUGUUGGUGUACGUUUAUGUGUGUAUUUAAAUAUGCAUUGAGUGUUAAAUACAGGCAAUACGUUUCACUGGUGCUACUGUGCAUGAAAAAGAAAUUCGGUCGUCCACGUUUAGAAAAAUUAAUUCCGUCCGAAGGCCCGUGACAAUCUUAUAAUGAAUUGCACUCACUAACUGAUCAUUAACAUGGCCCAAACCGAUUUUUACAAGCUGUUACUUUAAACUUUAAGGGGCUGUUCACACAGACGACAUUCUUGCCUUCAGCUGUCUAUCUAAACAUGUGCUUCGUCUUUGACCAUUGCGACGCAUUGGACUGUUUUUAGUGUCUUGCGCCAUGAGCACUGUGUUCAACUUAACACAGCAUUUGGUUCCAUUUUGUUCUAGUUUGAACGCAACAACACAUCCUGUGUGAACACCCCCUUACCUUUAGUGUUGCUAUAAGAAGCGUUUCUCAAAUAGCUUUUUUAAGAAGGAAGUAGGGUGGUCUAAAAGACCCUUUCUCAAGUGCACUACUCCCCUAGUCUGCGUACUGAUCAGGGCUCUCGGUACGACAGUUACUAUACUGCUCUUCCUGUUAAUGUCCGUCCGUUUUGUCGCAAUUGAUCAGAUCUAUUGUGCAAGAUAAUAAUAUAAUCUGUGUUUGGUACAGUAUUAGUUGCUUUAACCAUAUGAGUCUCUUUGUUUUUAAAAAAUACUGUAAAAUAUCAAUGGAUUUUGCUUUCUAUGAUAAGUGCACAAGCUUGUUGAACAAUAGCAAUGUUUGGCCUUACACUGUUAAUAGAGAAUAAAGAAUACAGAUUUGUACAGUAACAUCACCCUGAUUAUAAUCGUAUUUAAUGGAUCAUAAACCGAAUGGAAUGCCGUUACUCAAGUGUACAGGUGUGCAUGUCCAUUUAUACAUCAUGCCUUUACAGUUACAGUACAUUACAGAUCCUGACAUAAUCCGUUUGUACAAGUUGAAUAUCUUGAUCAGCUUCAAUCAUAAUAGUAUGGCUGUUGGUCCGAGCAUUAUAAUCACGUUCAUGGAGUUUAAAAGGUCAUCACCUACUGCGAAUGCACUUUUGAACAUUUUUGCUGAACAUUCCAGCUUAUCCACAAUUAAUAACGGAAACACGAUCACUCACGCAUGUUCUUAGUGACUAAGGUGAUGUUUAGCAUAUUCAUUAUUUUUUUAAUGGCCGGAAAAGCAUGUGGCUCCAUAGUGCUUCACCCAAUAAAGUUUAAGAAAUGGGUGGAUGAUGUGAAGCUAUGAACUGAGGUGAGUUACGUUGAUAUCAUAAACUACUUCGAGUUGUUAAGACAGACAACAGCUGCACUACUAGACUAUGUAACAUUUACAAUGUUUGGGUUGCUCGUAUUAGUAGUUAUUACAUUGCUUCUUAUGGAGACCGCAACCAACAAACAGUCCAGUGGCGAUUAGAAUCAUCGUGUACACACUGUAGUGUUUUGGGAGUGACAACCGCAUUUCAACUGCAUGUAAAUGCAGAACUGGAUCUCCUAAAUGAUCUGAAAUUGUGAUGGUGAAAAUCAGAGUGGCAUUUUGGCAUCCGUAAACAAGAAACAUGGAUGCCAACAGUUGAACCCAUUUGGCGUUGGUUGUUUUUACUAAAGGAAUAUUAGUGUCCAAAGAUGUCCGGCAGCUGUUAGUAAACUGGCGUCAGGGUUAAUGACACAACGCUCAUUAUUCAUCAGCGAGUAAUGACGCUGACUAUCACACCUGGAGUCAUGAGUUCGAAUCCAGGGUGUGCUGAGUGACUCCAGCCAGGUCUCCUAAGCAACCAAAUUGGCCCGGUUGCUAGGGAGGGUAGAGUCACAUGGGGUAUCCUCCUCGUGGUCGCUAUAAUGUGGUUCUCUCUCUCGGUGGGGCGUGUGGUGAGUUGUGCGUGGAUGCCGAUGAGAAUAGUGUGAAGCCUCCACGUGCGCUACAUCUCCGUGGUAACGUGCUCAACAAGCCACGUGAUAAGAUGCGCGGAUUGACGCUCUCAGACGCGGAGGCAACUGAGAUUCAUCCUCCGCCACCCGGAUUGAGGUGAGUCACUACGCCACCACGAGGACUUGGAGCGCAUUGGGAAUUGGACAUUCCAAAUUGGGGAGAAAAAAAAAUACAAUUCACACAAAACAAUGACUUGAAUACACCUCUUAUAUGAUGAACAUAUUUUCAGUUUCGGAAUUCAAAAUGUCUAAGUGGUGUUAAUAAAUGUCUCAAAAGCUGAAAUUCUUGUAAAAUUUUGGCAAGAGAAAUGCAUAAUAUUCUUUUUAAAAAUGAAGUGAUAUUUGCGUCUAAAAAAAAUAAAAAAUAAAAUUAUAUAUAUAUGUGUGUGUGUGUAUAUAUAUAUAUAUGUGUGUGUGUGUAUAUGUGUGUGUGUGUAUAUAUAUAUAUGUGUGUGUGUGUGUAUAUAUAUGUAUAUGUAUAUAGUAUGUAUGUAUGUGUGUAUAUAUAUAUGUGUGUGUGUGUGUGUAUAUGUGUGUGUGUGUGUGUGUGUGUAUAUAUAUAUGUGUGUGUAUGUAUAUAUGUGUGUGUGUGUGUGUGUGUGU